AUGAAGCGGAAGGUCCAAUUGUACAUCUAUGACCUGUCGCAGGGGCUCGCGAAGCAGCUCUCAAUGCCGCUGCUGGGCAGGCAGAUAGAGGGCGUGUGGCACACGAGCAUCGUCAUCGACAACGAAGACGGGUCCGGAAAGAAGACUGAGUACUUCUACUCAGCCGGAUUGCAGCAAGCUGCGGCAGGAACCACCCCGUUCGGACUGCCGCUGCACGUCGAGGACCUAGGCGAGACCGAGGUCCCGGACGAGGUCGUGCAGGCCUUUCUGGCGGAGCUGUCGCCAUCCUACACGCAGGAGACGUACUCGCUGUUGUCGCACAACUGCAACAACUUCAGCGACGACUUCGCGCAGAUGCUCGUCGGCAAGGGCAUCCGCCAGGACAUCCUCGACCUCCCGAAGACGGUCAUGUCGACGCCCAUGGGGCAGCUCCUGAUCCCCGUGUUGGAGCAGAUGCAGGAGCGGCUGCGCUCCGUGGAGGCAGUGCCAGUGCACGUCCGCAACGGAUGA